AUGACAAAUACAUGCACUUACAAAAAAACACACACACAAGCACCCACCCACCCACACACACACACACACACACACACACACACACACACACACACAACACACACACAUAGGUACAAGGCAGCUAUGUUGUUGGGAGGUGCUGCUGAUGCAAUUGGGUUUUACAAGGGAACAUGGGAGUUUGAGAUAUCUGGUGACAAAAUUCAUCAAGAGGUCAAAAAGAUGGGUGGAAUAGGAGCUUUGAAUGUUAAAAAACCUCAAUGGAUUGUGUCAGAUGAUACUGUCAUGCAUCUUGCCACAGCUGAAGCCAUAAUUGAAUAUGGGAAGAGCAGGUCUGGUGAUAUAAAAAAGUUGUACCAGAUGGUGGCGAAACAUUAUCAUGUUUCCAUGCACGACAUGAACGGCAGAUCACCAGGUAUAACAUGCACGCAUGGCGUCUCACAGUUGAAACCAAACAGACCUGAUGGAUACAUGAUACCUUUCAAUGACAAGGGAGGUGGAUGCGGAGGUGCUAUGAGGUCCAUGUGCAUUGGCAUGUAUUACCCAAAACCUGAACAAAUUGAUUCGUUGGUUGCUCUGAGCAUUGAGUGCGGUCGCAUGACCCACAACCAUCCAACCGGCUACUUAGGAUCGUUAGCAUCUGCUUUGUUCACUCACUACGCUGUUCAAGGAAAACCCGCUCAUUGCUGGGGUGCUGGCCUGAUGGAGACGUUGGAACUCGCAUGGGAAUAUGUGAAGAAAGAAGGAAGAGAUGUUGACAAAAAUCAACUGCAUUGGAAUUACUUUAAAAAUGCAUGGGCGGACUAUUUGAAGGUGCGCGGUUUAACUGACGGAAAGUCACCACCGAAGUUUCCAGACGUCUACGGCGUUUUGGAAAGGGACAAGUUUUACAAGAAAGUAAGUUACAGUGGCUGGGGAGGUUCCUCGGGACACGACGCCCCUAUGAUAGCGUAUGACGCAUUUUUAGGGUCAGGAGAUAGUUGGGAGGAACUAUCGAAUCGAGCAUUUUUUCAUGGUGGUGACAGUGACAGCACUGCCAUCAUAGCUGCCACAUGGUUUGGUAUCAUGUAUGGGACUAAAGGGGUCCCGGCCGGAAAUUAUCAGAACUUAGAAUACAAAGAUCGCCUUGAAGAUGCUGGAAGCAAAAUUUUUGAUUUGGUCGAAUAUUUAUUCAGCUAA